UAAACUGAAGAGUACUGCACGGUGAUGUUGGAUGGUAGGGAGGUGAUUAUCAGGAAGCCCAGGACUCAGGUCCCCUGAGACGUCAAAUUAAUCAACAUUUGAGGUAGGUAUUACUUACGACUCCUAAUAAUUUUGAAAAUAAGAUGCAGAGCUGUUUUGAUCACUCAUAGUGAUUCUAUAGUAUUUUGAACAAAGUAAACAUUCCCAAUAUGAAGAAUUAUCACUACAAUCUCUGAUUUAUUGAUAUUGCUUUAAGAUUUGCUCACUUUAUAUAUAUUUAUGGAAAUGACAAAACAUGUGGAUUUACUUUGUUUCUUGUGCAAAUAUUUUUUCUUUAAGUGUUCAUUGGUGGCAAACUGUGUUGUUUACAAACUUUAUUUUAAACAAAAUUCGCACAGAUGAAACACUUAGAAGUCAGUUUGCUGCUUAUAAGUGGUCAUCCUCUAGAUGGUCAAUGGUUUGGAUUACUGGGCUUUCACAUUCUUAAUAUAAUAAGCCGAACUAACUUCUCUGUACAGUUUUAUGUACACACAUGAUGUACAUAGCAGCAGAUAAUACUAUUCGCUUACACAGUCUGAAGUAAGCGAGAGUGUGGAAUUCAAAUCUGACACAAUGAUUGGAAUACAAGUGUUUGAACCAAGGAGCCAUAUCUUCACUGUCGCUUUUUAUGACUCAAUGCUUGAAUGGUAACAAAAAUCAUGACAAAUUUCCAGACUUAUAAAGAAACAUUUAUGUCAAAAAUCAAUGAACCGAAUUCGCAACGUCGAAUGGUUCUUUUUGUUGUCUGCAUAGCAUUACUAUUGGAUAAUAUGCUAUACAUGGUGAUUGUACCAAUUAUCCCUGAUUAUCUUCAAAAUCUACGUGCAAUGGAUACAAAACAAAUCUACUGGACCAAUGGUACAUAUACAGAAAGACUGAAGGACAAUAACUUUGUGUUUAACACAUCAAAUGGUGAUUACAAGCUUAAAUGGCUUGUACAUCAGUCGGAAACUAAAAUCGGUACAUUAUUUGCAUUUAAGGCUAUUGUACAACUACUGUGCAAUCCAAUAUCAGGAACUGUUAUCGAUCGAAUAGGCUAUGAUGUUCCUAUGAUGUUUGGUUUAUGCAUUAUUUUUCUAUCAACAUCUGUGUUUGCAUUUGGAAGUUCUUAUGGUUUAAUGUUUAUCGCAAGAGGACUUCAGGGCAUGGGUUCAGCUUUUGCAGAUACCGCUGGCUUAGCUAUGAUAGCCGAUAGAUACACUGAUGAAUAUGAGCGUACAAAAGCAUUGGGAAUAGCACUGGCAUUUAUUUCGUUUGGCUCCUUAGUUGCUCCUCCAUUUGGUGGGAUAGUUUAUCAAUACUUUGGAAAAGAAUUACCAUUUAUAACACUUGCAUUCAUAGCACUUUUCGACGGUUGUCUAUUACUGAUCAUUAUGCAGCCAGUUAGAAUAGAAAGAACAAUUUUAAAAACUCAAGGAAAUUUACCUAAAGGAACUCCUAUCCAUCGACUAUUAAUGGAUCCAUAUAUUGCUAUUUGUGCAGGAUGUCUUACAGUAGCUAAUGUUUCACUCGCCUUCUUAGAACCCACCAUAUCAACAUGGAUGUCAAACAGUAUGAACGCUACAAAUGCUCAAGAAGGUUUAGUAUGGCUGCCUGCAUUUUUACCACAUUUAGCUGGAGUUGUAACAACAGUUAAACUGGCUGAUAAAUAUCCAAGUAAACAGUGGUUAAUGGCUGCAGUUGGUUUAGCAAUUGAAGGUGGGAGUUGUUUCUUGAUACCAUUCUGUACUAAUUUUAUUGCAUUAAUGAUUCCUAUCAGUAUACUGUGCUAUGGAAUUGCAUUAGUCGAUACAGCGAUAUUACCAACAAUGGGUUUCCUAGUAGAUACACGUCAUGUUUCCGUGUAUGGAUCUGUGUAUGCAAUAGCUGAUAUCUCGUACAGUUUAGCUUAUGCAUUAGGGCCAAUUGUUGCUGGUAGUCUGGUGGAUACAAUUAAAUUUCUUGGGCUUAAUAUUAUCAUGACAGCGAUAACAUUAGGCUAUGUACCUGUUAUGUAUCUACUUCGCAACUGUUAUAAUGUUGAAAGACCGAAAAUUCAAGAAACACCAUCAUUGAAGACUGACUCUGUGGAAGAUUCACAUCAACCAGAUGAGUUGACUUCAUCAAUAAAUUAUCCAGGCUAUGAAGAAUAUUCAACUAUUAAAGGUGAAGCUAACCAUCAUUUCAUUAAUCCUAAAAAUCAAUAUAAUUAUCAAUCAGCAGCAAGUUAUGGAAAUACCAAUAGAAAUAAUACUGAUAUAGACAAUAAACUUAUAACUCAACGACCAGAUUAUGCCUAUUGAAUGUGCAAAAUUGAAGUGUGAAACUGCGAGUUAUUUUAAGCAAGUGUGAUCAAUAUUAAUAAUAAUGUAUCGAUGUCUUGCUAAAAUCUACUUCACUAUAAUUAUAAUAAUAAUGAUAAUAACAAUAAAUACGCCUAUAUUUAUACUAUUUAUCAACGGUGAUCUACGAACACUUUGAGGAAAGUUGUUCAGGAAUAGUGCAACACAAAACACUGUGAUCUAUAUAUAUGAAAUACAUGAAGAGAAGAAAACAAAAACUGCCUAAUCAACGUCCAAAUAUCCUUUCAAAAUUUAUUUCGUCAAAAUGUCAAAAAUUUCAUUGUCCUUUUGCUUAUGCUUUCGCUCUAUCUCUCUCUCCUUUUCUCUCUUCUGAACUUAUCCUUCACACUUCAGUUGAUUUAAAUACUAAUCAAGAGAUAAUUAAUUGAAAACGAAUUAUUACGUGUAACCAAGCCGCUUGAACUGAAGAUGCCUCUAAAGGAGAACACUUAUUUUAUUUUAUCAAGUUUUUAAUUUAUUAUUGAAUGUUUAAUGUUUCGAAUGUUUAUACAAAUAUAAAAGUGAUGUGAUAAACACAUGGAAGAAGUGAAAGUAAACUUCAGUGGUUUCCUUCUCUCAAUAAUUAAUUAAUUAAUUAGCAAUCAAUUUAUCCAAUUUUUAUUUCCUUGUGUUUCACUUCAUUAUGAACAAUAUAAAGAUGUACGUGUAUGUGUCUGAGUUGUAUUCAUUUGAGGAUUAUAAUUUAAAAAAAUAAAUAUACUACUGUAUAAAAGAUGAGUAGCUUCUUCUUUAUCUGGUGUGAUAUGUUGUUGCUGGUGUGGCUGAUGUUGUGUUGUUAUUACUGACGUUUAUUUACAUAAAGCAUAUCAACAUGGAUGGUGCUGUGAGUUAAG